AAAGCCACCAGUUGGCAGUUAGUUUUUCUAGCUAUAUCCAUCCCCUCUUCGUCUUCUUCAGCCCAUACCCUCUUCCAUUCCCUUUCCCUUGCAGACGAGUGGGCCAACUGAGAAAUUGACAAUAAGCUUCCAUAUUGAAAUGGCUACUACCCUUUUCAAGGCCAAUUUCACCCCCUCUUCUCUUCUAACUUCAUCUUCUCCCACCUUUCUUUCUACUGCCAUGGCAAGCUGUUCAAGCUUCUUCCAUCGUUCGCCCACUCAUUUCACUGCUCAAUCUCGCUCUUCAUCUUCGAGAAGACCCACAUUUCAUCCUUCCUUUAAGGCCUUCUCUUCUCAGAUGUCAGUUUCCUCUGCCAUAGUGGCUGUCAUUCCAGAACGCAUAGGCUUUCUUGGGCUUGGAAUUAUGGGCACUCCGAUGGCGGAAAAUCUCAUAAAAGCAGGAUGUGAUGUAACAGUUUGGAAUAGGACCAAGAGUAAAUGUGAUCUGCUAAUCUCGCUAGGCGCCAAGUACAAGUCAUCUCCCGAGGAAGUAGCUGCAUCUUGUGAUGUCACAUUUGCCAUGCUUGCAGACCCUGAAAGUGCAUUUGAUGUUGCUUGUGGAGAGAAUGGAGCUGCAAGAGGAAUGACUGCAGGAAAAGGAUAUGUGGAUGUUUCUACGGUUGACGUUGAUACUUCUAAAGUGAUUAGUGCACGCAUUAACGCCACUGGAGCGCAAUUUCUUGAGGCUCCAGUUUCAGGGUCUAAAAAGCCAGCAGAGGAUGGACAACUAAUAUUUCUAACUGCUGGUGACAGAUCUUUGUUUGAAACUGUGGCUCCAAUGUUGGAUAUAAUGGGGAAGUCAAAAUUUUACCUUGGCGAUGUGGGUAAUGGAGCUGCAAUGAAACUCGUCGUCAACAUGAUUAUGGGAAGCAUGAUGGCUUCAUUCUCAGAAGGAUUACUCCUCAGUGAGAAAGUAGGAUUGGAUCCAAAAGUUCUAGUGGAGGUUAUCUCACAAGGGGCAAUAAAUGCUCCAAUGUUCUCGAUGAAAGGUCCUUCGAUGGUCCAAUCCAAAUAUCCUACGGCUUUCCCCCUCAAGCAUCAACAAAAGGACCUUAGGCUUGCUUUGGGUUUAGCUGAAAGUGUUUCACAACCAAUACCAAUUGCAGCAGCCGCAAAUGAACUAUACAAGGUGGCUAAGUCUAACGGGCUUAGUGACAAGGACUUCUCAGCAGUUAUUGAAGCUUUGAAAGCGAAAUUGCAAAGUCAAUCGAAGGAUUAAAUGUUGUUUCACAAUCUUUUUCUUGUUAAACAAGUUUUUUGGGUGACAAAUAUAUCUAACAACGCUCGUGUUUUUGUUA